UUUUACAAGACCCUUUUGAUAUCAUUGCGGACCCUCAGUGCAUUUAUCACAGACAUCGCUUUGGGAAACCCUGCUUCAGACCUUGAUCUACAAACCUAUGAAGCAGAAUAUGCUGAAGGAAGAAUUUGGAGAAAUCAUUUUACCGGUAUUAGACCUAUGGCAGGUCUUCAUUUAGUCAUACUGUUUGUAUCUCUUAUUACAAUUCAAGCGACCGUAACCAAACGUGAAGACAAUCAUGACGAAUUUGUCAACAAAGUAAAGGAAAGUCACAUUAAGGACGGAGAACAUAACGUAGAUUUUGACCGUGAUGUCAUAUGGGGGGAUGAAAAAAAUGAUAUUGACGACGAUGACGCAGUUGAAAAUAUGUCCCCCCUCGAACAAAAAGAAAAAUUGAGAAAAUUGGUGGAAAACAGGAUUGAUACGGAUAAAGAUGGAUAUGUUUCAAUAGAUGAACUAGUAGCAUGGGCGGUUCGAUCCUACGAUUUAUUCGAAACAGAAGACACAAGAAACUCCUUCUCUGGUAUUGAUACAAACAAUGACAAAUUCAUCCAGUGGUCAGAAUAUGCCCUCGACUCCUACGGAGAUGAUUUCAACGAAGACUCCCCGGAUUUUAUCAAUCCUCCAUCAGAUGAAUGGUCAGACUUUGUUGCAACGUAUAAAAAGGAAAGGAGAAAAUUUGAAGUGGCUGAUCUUGACCAAAGUGGAGGAUUAGAUUUGCAAGAGUUUCAAUAUUUCAAACAUCCGAGACUUCAUGAAAAAACCCGGGAUAUCGUGAUCGAAGAAGUACUAGAUUCAUCAGAUUUGAACGGAGAUGGUGCAAUAGACCUAGAAGAAUUCCUCGGAGAUUAUCAGAAGAAAGCAGAUGAAGGCGACCCAGAAUGGGCAGUUUUUGAAAAAGAAAAAUUUCAACAUGAAUUCGACACCAACAAGGAUGGACUUUUGAAGGGUGAGGAGAUCGUCCUCUGGAUGGCGCCAGACAACUCCAUACUAGCACGUGAGGAAGCCGAACAUUUAAUGGAAGAAUCAGACUCAGAUCACGACGAUAAAUUAUCAGUCGAAGAAAUUUUGAAUAAUUAUGUGGACUGGGUAGAUUCUGAUGCCACAGAUUAUGGGAGACAGUUAUUGAAGCAUCAUGAGGAACUUUAACCCCUGACCUUUGAACUUAAUAUGGGAAAUAAUUCUUGGAGCAUCAUUAGGAAGUUUAGCCCCUGACCUUUGAACUUAUUACGGGAAGCAAUUAUUGGAACAUCAUGAGGAAGUGUAGCCUUUGAACUUAUUAUUAUAUAAAGCAAUUAUUGAAGCAUUAUGAGAUAUUUUGAUCUUUAAACUUCAAACUUCUUUACCAAUACCAAUCAUCUUGUCAUAAUCAAUGCAUGUUAGCAAGUUCAUACAUCUGAAACAAUUCUUGAAAUCCACCAAUCAAAUUAACACUAUAAAUACUACCGGAAAGAUAAACAGAGGCCCGGAGCGCUGAACGCCUCUGGAAGGAGGCAACAGGCCCCAGUAGGUUGGGCACCACUAGCCUGACCUUGAAAUUUGAAUCUUCAAUUGGUUUGCCUGUAGCUUGGCUCAGGGACAAGUCUUUCUUGACAACUUUCAAGUGAGUACUUUGAUCAUGCUUUUAGUAAAUACUUGAAAAAACAAUAAUUAACAAUAACAAUAAUAAAUUAAACAAUUAAAAUAAUAACAAUAAUUUUAGUUUUUCCUUAGCUGAACAUUGUUAUAGAUAAUUCAAAUUCAAAAAUCAUCAAUGCAGUAAAAAAAUAACAGCAGUAUUACUAUAAUGAAAUUGGUGCUUUCCUAAUCAUAGUUUGAAGAAAUAUUCACCAAACUAUUCCAAUGAAAGGCUACAGAAUGAAAAAAUUGAAACAGAUAUUCCAUUUCAUCCCUUCUGGGUGAAAGCCUUUGAUAUUGUUAUAGUACUUUUUAUACCGAUUUCUGUAAUUCUAUUCGUUUUGCCUAAUAAGGCACUGUCAGCAUAUUUAUGGGGUGUGUCCAUAAAGUCUUAAUUUUUUUUUAAACAUAUAAAGGAAAUUUAUCGAUACUAUAUGUUAUUUUGGCCCUCACAAGUGUUAUCAAAUGAAUUAAAAAUACUUAACAAUUAGUGAUUAUGAUUAAAAAAUAACAAACCUGGUUUAGAUAUAAUUGACUUCAUAACAAAUUGAAAUUGUAAAGGAAAUUUAUGGACACCCUGUAUAUUGUUUCAUUUUAUAUCCACUGCAUGCCUCAUUUGCCGCAUGAAAUUUAUUAUGAAGAACAUUUGCCAUUUCUGUAUGUUUGAGACAAUAAUAUAAUACAACACAUUUUAUGGGUGCUGUC